CUGGAAGCAAACUAACCUCUCAUCCACAGUCUGUGCCAAAGAAAAAAGCAAGGAAAGGGACAAAUAUCUGCUGAUCUCUCCUGACUGCUUCCCCGAGUGACUCCAGACUCACUGCCUUUACUGGGGAGAAUCUGCAAUUCACACAUUCAGGUAUGUUUGUUUUUCACACAUUGCUAGAUUAUCAGUAAAAUAGUGCACGCGUCUGCUUAAUGUAGCAUUUAGAUACCAAGUGAAUGGAGUAAGUUUUCCAAAAACUGAAAAGUGCAGUUGCAUGAAUUUUAUGGAGAUUUUUAAUUAAUGUAUUUGCAUUAUCUGCUCAUGUCACAAUAAUUACAAAUUACAAUUAAACUAUGAUCACAGUGCCAUCAUGCCAUAAUAAUGAUUAACAUUAAAAUGUAUUAAAACAUGUGUUAAAUGUUUAACAUUCUGACUUCUCUGACCUCUAUCUUGCAGGAUGUCUCCUAAAACCGACUGCCCCCUAAAUCAGAGAAGAGAGAGCUGCUGUGAAAUGUCUGAUGGGGAGGCUUCCUCCUUUUCUCCCCCUUGCUCUCCUGCCCCUUCCCUCAGUCAUACAGAGAGUGAAGAGUGCCCUUUUGGAGACAGGUUUGCCUUCCAGGACCCCAGGGAGACCCAACGCAAGAAGCUAAAGGGGAACAGGACAAGAUCAAAGACAAGGAAUGAAUUUACAGUUACCAAACAGAGGAAGAAUCGCAGGGUAAAAGCCAAUGACAGAGAGAGGAACCGUAUGCACAAUCUUAACUCAGCUCUGGACUCCUUGAGAAGUGUCCUUCCAACAUUUCCAGAUGAUGCUAAACUCACUAAAAUUGAAACGCUGAGAUUCGCCCAUAACUACAUAUGGGCUCUUUCUGAAACCCUGCGUAUGGCUGACCAGAGCCUAAUAAAUCUGGGGCACCACCAGGACUCCUUUCAGAACUUACCUAAGAGCUGCUUCAUGUUGGACCUCACCAGCCCCAGCAGCAGCUGUAGCUCCUCCAGUGAAUGGGAAUCCUCUCUCUACUCACCAGUGUCUCAAAUCAGCAGCCCCAUGGCAGGUCCAGGCAAUGAAGCCACCUCACUUCCUUUUCUGAGGCACCACUCAUACUCACAAUUUGUCUGA